GCCCUUCCUCUCAGGUCUUUCCAAGAUUUCCAGCGCAAUAAACGGCGAGCGCAGGAUUUCCAAAAGUUCGUCACCCAAAACUUUUAUUUUGUGUGGAAAUGGUUUGCACACUUUAUUUGCGCAGCUCGGACUAGUUGCAGCAACACUAUGUGGCUUCUUUGCAGAUGCACUGCAAAGUACGUGGCUGCUUCCUUCAGUCGUGGCGUCCGGGCAUCUUUUCUUCAUGUUUUGCGCCGCAGCAGAAGCAGCUGGAACUCGGCUGCCUUCAUGCCGGAGUCUGCAGGCUUCGAGGGCGUGUCUGGCCGCGACGCCCUGCACGAUUACUCGGUCUCCCACAGCGAGAGCUUCUGGGCCGCCGUGGCCCGCCAGAGGCUGAGCUGGAUCCGACCCUUCGACGCUGUGCAGGACUGCGAUCUGAGCCAAGGGAGGAUUAAGUGGUUCGAGGGAGGAAAGCUGAACGUCUCCGUGAACUGCCUGGACCGUCAUGUGCACACGUGUCCAGAAAGGGUUGCCCUGAUCUGGGAAAGGGAUGAGCAGGGGUCAGAGGUCAGGUACACAUACAGGGAGCUACUGGAGAUGACUUGCCGCUUGGGGAACCUGCUAAGGCGGCAUGGCGUAAAGAAGGGGGACUGUGUCACCAUCUACAUGCCCACCUGCCCUCUGGCUGUGGCGUCCAUGCUGGCCUGUGCCCGGAUCGGUGCUGCCCACAACGUUGUGUUUGCAGGUUUCAGUGCAGAGGCCCUGGCAGAGCGAAUAAGAGACGCUCAGUCCAGCACCGUCAUCACGGUGAACCAGGGCGUCCGGGGUGGGAAGAUCCUGGAGCUGAAGAAGACGGUGGACGCAGCCGUGCAGAGCUGUCCGACCGUCCAGCAGGUUUUUGUGGCCAUGAGAACUGAAAAUGAAGUGGAGAUGACACACAGGGACUUCACCUUGGAGGAGGAGAUGCUGAAGGAGGACGUCGUGUGUGAGCCAGCUCCCAUGGACAGCGAGGACGUCCUGUUCCUGCUGUACACAUCGGGCAGCACGGGGAAGCCCAAAGGCCUGGUCCACACGCAGGCUGGAUACCUGCUGUACGCCGCUCUCACUCACAGGUACGUCUUCAGCUACCAUGACGGCGAUGUGUUCGGCUGUGUGGCAGAUAUAGGCUGGAUAACAGGACACAGUUACACGGUGUACGGGCCCCUGGCCAACGGAGGAACCACCGUCCUGUUCGAGAGUACUCCAGUGUACCCUGACCCAGGGAGAUACUGGGAGAUGGUGGGGAGGCUGAAGAUCAACCAGUUCUACGGAGCUCCCACUGCAAUCCGCCUCCUGAUCAAAUAUGGAGACCAGUGGGUGAAGAAGUAUGACCGCUCCUCCCUCUCCACUCUCGGCUCUGUGGGAGAGCCGAUCAACACCGAAGCAUGGGAGUGGUACAAUAGGGUGGUCGGGGAAGGGCGCUGUCCUGUGGUGGACACCUGGUGGCAAACUGAAACAGGUGGCAUCUGCAUCGCCCCAAAGCCAUCAGAACCAGAUGCAGAGAUUGUCCCUGGGAUGGCCAUGAGACCCUUCUUUGGCAUCAAGCCGGUGCUCAUGGACACCGAGGGCAAGGUACUGACUUCCAAUAACACCUCUGGAGCUCUGUGUAUGGCUCAGCCCUGGCCUGGUAUGGCAAGAACUAUUCAUAACAACCACCAGAGAUUCAUUGAGACCUACUUCCAGCCUUAUCCAGGUUACUUCUUUACCGGUGAUGGAGCCUAUCGUUCUGCGGAGGGCUACUACCAGAUCACAGGGCGUCUCGACGACGUCAUUAAUGUCAGCGGCCACAGGAUUGGAACAGCAGAGAUAGAGGACGUAUUGAAUAAGUGUCCUGCAGUGGCUGAAUCUGCCGUCAUUGGAUACUCUCAUAACAUCAAAGGCCAAGGAGUUUACGCCUUUGUGGUCCUGAAAAAGGGUGUAGACGUACAGGAGGCCGUUCUGUCCAGGCAACUGAACAAAAUGGUGUCUGAAAAGAUUGCCAAGUAUGCUUGUCCCGACUUCAUUCAGUUUGCUAAACGGCUGCCUAAGACGCGUUCGGGGAAGAUUAUGCGGCGCGUGCUGCGGAAAGUUGUGGAGUGCGACCUGGAUGGUUUGGGAGACCUGAGCACGCUGGACGAUCCUGGAGCGGUUCAGGAAAUCCUCAAAGGCCAUGAAAAGCUCUUGAGUAAAUAAGAACCACUGCAGUAACUUUCCUGAAAACAAUCAAAUGUAAAGAAGGGUGUGAAGGAUAACUUGCCCAUUCCCAAUAAACAAUGUGCCUUUUUGAAGAAAAAAAUGAUUUUAAUCACAUAAUGUUUCAUUUUAUUGUACAUAUGAUUCUUUUUCAACAAUCCACUUAUCUUUUUAAAACUGUGAAAUCUAAAAAUGUGUUUAUGAACGACAUUGUUGCAAAAAACAGUUAUUUCAUAAUAAUGAACAUAAAAUGUUUUGUUUUACUUUAUUAGCAUCAACACAAUAAACUGUUUUGGCUCCAGUUUCUGAA